AUGUCGACAACAGCGACGGUCACUCAAACCCGGACAGGGUCCAACAGUGGCCAAGCCCAAGUACUGUCCGUCUCCAAGUCAACCUCUCACGGUGUCUCCAAAAGCCCCGUGGGAGAAAUCACCCUGAUCGCUGGCCUGGGGGUCUCUGGAGACUGUCACGCCGGGAAAACGGUUCAGCACCGCGCCAUCCAGCAAAAGACUCCCUCCGUCACCAACAACCGCCAAGUUCACAUCGUCUCCAUCGAGACCCUCCGCGACGUCUCCUCGCGCGGCAAAAUCACUCCGCCGCUGUCCGCGGGCAUGAUUGGCGAAAACAUCACCACUCAGGGCCUUGACCUGGUCUCUCUACCAUGUGGUACUGAACUUCAUUUUGUUGGUCCCAGUUCCAAGGCUGUCGUUGUUUUGACAGGCUUGCGGGCGCCUGGCCCCGGGAUCGACCAGGUGCGACCCAACUUGUUGCCUCACUUCACGUUUCGGGAUGGGAGUCAAGUCAAGAAGAUGGCGGGAGUGAUGGGAAUCGUCAAGUGUGGAGGUGAAGUGAAACCGGGAAUGCGGAUUGAGGUUGUUCGACCCGCAGCUGCUCGUUCUCUUCCUUUUGUCUGA